AUGUCGCAUAUCGAGACGGUUUCUUCCUUUGUCCAGGGAGCUCCCCCGGGAGAGCUCGCAGAUGUCGUUGCCGACAUCAAGGCCCUCACGGCCUCCGAGCCCAACAUCGUGGACGAGCUGGCGCCAGCCUUCGAGCGGUACAACGAGGAGCAGUUCAUCACACUCAAGCUGCCGGGGAGCAGCCAGCCAGUCUUGAUCAGCCCGCACAACUCGCUGGGCGGCGGACGAUACUACGAUGUCGAGAGCUCCUCCAGCUUCGAGGUGGACCAUAAAGCCAGUGCGGUGCAGAGCUACUUGCUGGAAGGAUCACAGGCGGACCUGGUUAAAUCAACACUGAAGAGCUUGGGAGGCUAUGUCAAGGAGCACUUCCCCAACGCUGCCCUUGGCGCAUACCCUGUCGAAUCCGACUCAAAGGUUGCCGUUGUCGUUGUCGCAAACAAAUACAGCCCCAACAACUUCUGGAACGGCCGAUGGAGAUCCGUGUACACCUUUGACCCCAGCUCCGGAAACCUCGAGGGCACCAUCAUGGUUGACGUGCACUACUACGAAGACGGCAAUGUGCGGCUGCUUACCAACAAGGCCGUCAGCGCAUCCAUCCCCUCGGGCACCGGCGCCGGAGUCGUCAAGGAGAUUGCGUCGAUAGAGAAGAAGUACCAGGAAGAUCUCAACAAGAGCUUCGUGAGCCUGAGCGAAGGUGCAUUCAAGGGCCUGCGGCGACAGCUGCCGGUGACGAGGCAGAAGAUUGAAUGGGACCGAGUGACGGGCUACCGCCUGGGUCAGGACAUUGGUGGUGGCAGCUCAAAGCGAUGA